ACAUUUGGUAACUCCUCUCCUCCCACUUCUAAUUAAAAACCCUUACCGUUUCUCUAUCGUCUCUACAAGCCCACUCCCAAUGACGUCAUCUUCACUCGACGAGCUCCCUUCCGCCGCCGAAACCCUGACAUCCCAGAUUCCCUCCGACACCGCUCCCAUCGACCCAAUCCCAUCUUCCAAUGAUGACGUCGAAGCCGUGGGGGAGAAACGUAAGCGCGACGACGACGAGAAGACCACCAAUCUCGAAUCCUCCACUCCUUCGCCGUGGUUCAAGACCAGCCUCUGCUCCUACUUCCGCCGUCAGGGCUCGUGCAGCCACGGAGCCGCGUGCAAGUACGCUCACGGCGAGAAUGAGCUCCUUCAGAAACCGGAUAACACGUGGGACCCGACCUCCGAGCGCGGUAAGAAGGCGAAGAUGAUGUCGGAUAGUGCCGUGAAAGAGGAAGAAGAAGUGGGUGAUGUUAUGUUCACGGAGGAGAUGAUGGAUGAUAACGAUGGUGGUGGUGAUGGAGGUGUUCAUGAUCUGUCUCUUAGUAAAUGUUUGGUGCAUUUGCCUACAAAGUGGCAAUCUGAUGAUCUCAAGACGUUUCUCCGAGAGCAGGGAGUUGAAUACAAGUUUGCGAAGAAAAGACGAGGAAUGAUGGUUGGUUUCCUGACUUUUGAGAAUGCAGAACAAUUGAAAAACGGCGUAGAGAUUUUGGAAGGCAAAAAUGUGAAUAACAAGAGCUUGAAGAUCGCUGAUGUCCUUCCCCGUACAUUCGACAAGAACGGAGCGAAGAAUCCGGCUGCUAAACUCAAAAGCGCCCGCGAAGCUGUGACUCCCUUGGCAGACCUGUCUUACGCGGACCAGCUCGAGCAGAAGAAGGCUUCUAUCGCGCAAAUGCUCAAAAAACUUACGAGGAAUGCGCGUAAAGCUUGUCCUAAUGGAAAAUCAGUUCCAGAAUGGGUCCUUCAGUCUAGGGAAAUAGGUGGUCUUUCAUGUAAGCUUGAGGGGAUUAUAGAAUCACCGCUUGUGAACGGUUACAGGAACAAGUGUGAGUUCUCAACUGGAUAUUCCGUUGAGGGGAAGUUAACUGUUGGAUUCAUGCUCGGAAAUUUUAGUGCGGGUGUAACUGCAGUAGAGGAAGCUGUGAACUGUCCCAAUAUCUCUAAACUUGCUUGCCGAUACGCUUCGAUCUUUCAGAGUUUCUUAGAAAAAUCAAGGCUCCCUGUUUGGAAUAGGUUUAAAAGCUGUGGCUUCUGGCGACAGUUGACGGUUCGAGAAGGAAGCAAACCUGGUGUGGUUUCAAGUGAUGAAGAUGCCGAUUCAAGAAUUGCAGAGGUUAUGCUUAUGGUUCAGGUUUGUUCUACGGAUACUGACGAGGCAGAAGUGGCGACUGAGUUUGAAGAAAUGGCAAAAGCAUUUGCUGAAGGAGCUAGAGCAAGCACUCCACCUCUUCCUCUAACUGUAUUAGUUGUUCAAGAUCACGUAGGGAUAUCAAACGUUGCACCACCAGAUUGUCCACUACGGUUGCUGCCUAUUCCAGUGUCAGAUAAUGGGACACAUCAGGACCAAUCCACCAAUGUCUUGACUGAAGCUCGGAUUCACGAUCACAUCAACAACCUUCGGUUCAGCAUAUCCCCAACAGCAUUCUUUCAGGUUAAUACAUGCGCUGCGGAGAAGUUGUAUUCACUUGCUGGAGAUUGGGCUGAUCUUGGUCCUGACACUUUGCUCUUUGAUGUAUGUUGUGGAACUGGAACAAUCGGGCUUACACUCGCACAUCGUGUUGGCAUGGUGAUUGGCAUAGAAAUGAAUGCUUCGGCUGUAUCUGAUGCGGAGCGGAAUGCAAAGAUCAAUGGCAUAAGCAACUGCAAGUUCAUAUGUUCAAAGGCAGAGGAUGUGAUGAGCUCUCUACUUACAGAAUACGUAGAUGUGUCUGAAACUGAAGAAGCCAAACCUCCAAGUGAUGAUCUCGACAAACAAAAUUCCUCAGCAGAAGAAAUGUCAAACCCAGAGGAUGUACCUCCUCUAAACAUUCAAGAAGCAGUUCAAAAGACUGAGCAGAAGGACUCCUCCUCUGAGCCGGAACGAUCUACAAAGCCACAGUUCAAAAACGUAGUUGCUAUAGUGGAUCCACCUCGUCCUGGACUUCAUCCAGAUGUAAUCAAAGCCCUGAGAACCCAUCCACGGUUGAAGACGCUUGUGUACAUAUCGUGCAACCCUGAAACACUCGUGGCAAACGCGAUAGAGCUUUGCACGCCGUCAUUCGAGAAAACGGGUCAAGAGAACAAAGGCUACCGAAGACAGAGCAGGAUGGGAACCGCCGCUUUGGCUAGACACAGAGCCAAGAAAAUGCCUGCUUCUGAGCCUUUUAAGCCUGUCAAAGCAAUGGCCGUUGACCUUUUCCCUCACACCGACCACUGCGAAAUGGUCAUGCUACUCAAUAGGUAGGUAAUAAAACUCUUUUUUUUUUAUAAGAGAUGACAAAGACUCAAUCAUGUAUCACCAAAGCAAACAUCUAUUGUCGUUUUUUUUACAUUAAAACAAAACACAAUGUAAGGAUUUUUUUUAGUAUAUGUUUUUUUUUUCUUUUCCGAAAAAGACAAAAGAAAGGAGGUUUAAAGAAAC